UUGAGCAAUUUUCAUCCUUUUUAUCAGAAUGGAUUACAAAUCAGCUCCAUUACAGUUGCAUCGCCUCCUGGUCCAGCUACUGUUCCUGCACUCCCUACUUCACUCUCUGACUGUCCCUCUUGUCCCAGUCCAUCUAAUUUGGAUCCGACGACCUGUAACACUACCAAUGUAGCUGCUCCAGAUUCCGUCUUCAUGACAACCGUUGGAAAUGUUUCAGCUAUCCAACGCCCAGGCACCUCGGCUCAUCUCGGCCUUGGGCAUUUGCUUAUUCCUCCCUUAGAUGCUUUACACUCUGCGCUCUCCGCUCAUCCCGCUAUUAUUAUAGCAGAACUUGACGAUACUACUGCGUCUGCAGUUGCAGCUGCCGCUGCCGCUCUAGCUACAAGUUCUGAAGGUGGGGUAGCGGCCACAGUUCAUGGUCACUCGGUUCUGAUGAAUCAUCAUCUUGGCCUGGGCACGGAUCCACCAGAGCUAGUAUUGGAGGAAGUCGGCCGACGUCUUUUCAUUUGCCUUCUAGCCACAUUGAAGUCCGUGGCAGUGCAGGUUUGCUAUUGA